AUGCCAAAGUUAAUUUUAGUCAGACACGGUCAAUCCGAAUGGAACGAAAAGAACUUAUUCACCGGUUGGGUUGAUGUUAAGUUAUCUGCCAAGGGUCAACAAGAAGCCGCUAGAGCCGGUGAAUUGUUGAAGGAAAAGAACGUCCACCCAGAUAUCUUAUACACUUCUCAAUUGUCUAGAGCUAUCCAAACUGCUAACAUUGCUUUGGAAAAGGCUGACAGAUUAUGGAUCCCAGUCAAGAGAUCUUGGAGAUUGAACGAAAGACAUUACGGUGCUUUGCAAGGUAAGGACAAGGCCGCUACUUUGGAAAAGUACGGUGAAGAAAAGUUCAACACCUACAGAAGAUCUUUCGAUGUCCCACCUCCACCAAUCGAAGCUUCUUCUCCAUACUCCCAAAAGGGUGAUGAAAGAUACAGCUUGGUUGACCCAAAUGUCUUGCCAGAAACCGAAUCUUUGGCUUUGGUCAUUGACAGAAUGUUGCCAUACUGGCAAGAUGUCAUCGCCAAGGACUUAUUGAGCGGUAAGACCGUCAUGGUUGCUGCUCACGGUAACUCCUUGAGAGGUUUAGUUAAGCACUUGGAAGGUAUCUCUGAUGCCGACAUUGCUAAGUUGAACAUCCCAACUGGUAUUCCAUUGGUUUUCGAAUUGGACGAAAACUUGAAGCCAUCUAAGCCAUCUUACUACUUGGACCCAGAAGCUGCCGCUGCUGGUGCCGCUGCCGUUGCCAACCAAGGUAAGAAAUAA